GCCUCCAUCGCGAGUCUCACUGCUAACGAGCGCGACAACCAGGCAGCCUUCUCUUCUCUACACUUUGCGCUACACAAGCAGAACGCAGACAGAGGAGACGCCACGGACGGGCUGGAAGCCUCUCUUCAUUCACAAUGGCUGGCGAGAAUACAAUAUUCAAGGCCACUUACAGUGGUAUCCCGGUGUAUGAAAUGAUGUGCAAGGGUGUGGCUGUCAUGCGGCGGCGAUCAGACUCGUGGUUAAACGCGACGCAGAUUCUCAAGGUGGUCGGAUUCGACAAGCCGCAACGGACACGUAUUCUGGAGAGGGAAGUGCAGAAGGGGGAGCACGAGAAAGUACAGGGAGGUUAUGGGAAAUACCAGGGUACCUGGAUCCCUCUGGAGAGGGGAUUGGAACUGUGCCGGCAAUAUGGGUGCGAGCAAGUGCUGAAGCCAAUUAUUGACUUCACGCCCGCCGCUGAGAGUCCCCCGCUAGCGCCGAAACAUCUCGUGGCGGCGCCAGGCACCAGACCCCCGAAGAAGGCAGCAGCAGACGGUCCUGGCGUCGCGACUCGCUCAUCACGACGGACCGCUGCUGACAUCCCAGACGACGAAUCCGAUGAUGACAGUCUGUCCGUCCGUGGAUCCGAGGACGGCACAUUGACACCCUCGCCGUCCGAAGGGUCGUCUAGUUCACGGACGCCGUCGCCUAUAGGCAGUCCAGGACCGUCCGAUGCCCUGUCAGACAUCGGGGAGGAUGGCUACCGCAAGAACGGCCGACCGCGAAAACGGCGGCGCUCUGUCGAGCCACCCGACGAUGAUAUGGACGUUGACGGCCAGACAUCAAAUAGCUCGCGCUAUGCCGAACAGAUACUGGAGUACUUCAUCUCUGACACGAACCAGAUCCCGAAAUGCCUUAUCGAACCUCCACCGGACUUUGAUCCUAAUGUGGUGAUUGACGACGACUCCCAUACUCCUCUGCACUGGGCCGCCGCCAUGGGCCGCCUUCGCAUAGUCAAAUUGCUCCUUACUGCUGGCGCCGACUUGUAUAGGGUGAACAACUCCGGCCAGACGGCCCUCAUGCGCUCUGUCAUGUUCGCGAACAACUACGACGUGCGCAAAUUCAAGGAGUUGUGCGAGUUGCUGCAUCCGUGCACUCUGCACAUUGACAAUGCUAACCGGACUGUGUUUCACCACAUUGUCGACGUCGCCAUGUCUAAAGGCAAAACGCACGCCGCCAGGUACUACAUGGAGACUAUCCUCGAGCGCUUAGCCGAAUACCCCUCGGAGCUCGUAGACAUCCUAAAUUUUCAGGACGAAGAUGGGGAAACCGCGUUGACCUUGGCGGCGAGGUGCAGGAGCAAGCGGCUUGUUAAGCUUCUCAUAGACCACGGCGCUAAUCCCAAAAUUCGAAACAAGGACGGGAAAAGUGCAGAAGACUAUAUCGUGGAGGACGAGCGGUUCCGAAGGUCUCCGGGAUUGCCUUCCAAGAGUCUGAGCAUGUCUUUUAGAAAUGCUGCAGCGGCGUAUCCCCCCGCAACAGCAGGCCCUGGCUAUGCGUUCGCACCUGCCAACGGCGACAGGGCACCGUUGCACUAUUCUGUUGCUGCACAGCGGGCGAGUACUCGGUGCAUCAACGAGGUUACCACGAUGCUUGAUAGCCUGGCUCAGUCGUUCGAUCAGGAGCUCCAGGAGAAGGAGCGGGAUAUGAACCAAGCCAGUGCUUUGCUCACCAGUAUGCAGCAGGAGAUCCUGGAGAGUCAACGAGCAGUGUCGCAUCUCAAAGGGCAGGCCAACACCCUCAACUACUCGAAAGAGGGCUUGCAGGAACUUGAACAGGAGCUGAUAUCGAAGAUGGGGAAGCGGUACCGGCUCGGAUGGGAGAAGUGGGUGAAGGACGAGGAGGAUCGCGAGAAGGCCAUUAGGGAUGCGGCUGGCGGACAGCUGCAUAUUCCCUCACAGAACUUUUCGUUCCAUCCAGACGAGCCCAUGAACGGCCCCGAAGCAAGUCCAGAGAAGGGCGAGAGGAAAGGCAAGCGGAAAGCGCCCACGCAGCCAGAGGAUAUCAGCGAUCUCGUCGCGCUACAUUCGGACAUACCGGCCGACCCAAAUGCGUUACAUCGUGCCUGUGAGGUACUAAGAGAAGACCUGGAGCGACACAGGAAGAGGCGGAGAGAGCUUUUCGAAGAGUUUGCGAAACAUCAAGAGGAGGCGGGAACGGAGGGGAAGAUGGCGGAGUAUCGAAGACUGAUCUCGAUAGGUUGUGGUGGGAUUCCCCCGCAGGAGGUUGACAGUGUUCUGCCGAGCCUUCUAGAGGCUCUCGAAGCUGAGGAACCUAGUUCAUCUACACCAUGGAGCGCACCCGCCGGGCCUUCCAGAUGACCGUGAAUUUAUUGCGAACUUAUUAUGUGCCAUAUAUAUACGCUACGAGUGGAAGGUCCGGUUGUAUCUACUCGCCUUCGUCUUGUAAAGUUGUCUGAGGGUUGUACUUGUAUCUUCUGCCACCGUAAUGUCA